AUGUCUCCUCUAUUGAAAAUCAAAUCAUUAAACAAGAUCGAUAUCCGUUCACCAAUUGAUCCAGACUUUUCAGUGUUGUUGACCCCGGGAGUAAAUACCAUUGCCAACACUAUCAAUAACGAACUCGGAGAUUCCACUCCUGAUUUACUAUCAUUACGUACAAUUAAAACAAAUGCAUCUAGGAUUUUCAGUAUAGUUCCAAACACAUUUUAUUCCAUACAGAAUUUUUAUAAUGACUUUACGACCAUAGAUUGGGGUGAUGCUUAUAUCCUUGCCAAUAAAUUUAACUACGAGUUAGAGACAAACCGGUGGAUCGGAGAAGAUGGGAGUCUGCUUUCUAGUCAAAGUUCUGAUUUUGUUCAAGACCAAAGAAUCCCCUUUUACAAGAAGGCCUAUUUCAUCUUAGGUAAAUGGAUCCUAAUAGUAGCUAUUGGGUUUAUUUUUUCAUUAAUUGCAUUUUCAAUCGACAAGUUUGAAAUAUUGUUGGUUGGUUUCAAACGAGGCUACUGUAAAACCAAUUGGUUUGCCAGUCAAGUAGCUUGUUGUUCUGAUAGCGUAGGUCCCAAUAAAAUUGCAUUCAAUGUUUUCAAAUCUGGGGUUGUUCCACGAGGAGAGAGCCAGUGUUCCGAUUGGAUCAGCUGGUCUAAUUUAAUCGAUGAGCCUUGGUUUUCUCAUGUCAGACUUGAUUUCACAAUCUACGUUGUUUUGAGUGUGAUCUUAGCUGUUGCUGCUUGUAUAAUUACAUUAACUACCAAGAUUUCUGGUGGAACAAUACCUCGUCAGGCAAUUGAAAGUGAUACCACACAAAAGGAAAACACUAAUGACCAGCAUGAUGAUGAGAACCAUGCAUCAGUGACUAAACAAAGAAUCAUGUAUACUGCCCAUGGGUCAGGUGUUCCAGAAGUGAAAACGAUAUUAUCAGGGUUUGUCAUCCGUAGAUUCUUGGGUACAUAUACUCUUAUUGCCAAAACAUCUGCAUUAAUAUUUGCAAUUGCCUCGGGAAUGGCUUUAGGUAAAGAAGGUCCUUAUGUUCAUCUAGCAACUUGUGUUGGUAAUAUCAUGUCAAGAUAUUUCCCAUUCAUUUAUGACAACGAGUUACUCAAAAAACAAAUUCUUUCAGCAAGUGCAUCUGCUGGAGUUGCUUUAGCAUUUGGAUCACCAUUAGGUGGAGUUUUAUUCAUUUUGGAAGAAAUUAACAACUAUUUGCCAUCACAUACUUUGUUUCAGAUUUUCUUCUGUGCAAUUAUCUCCACGUUAUUCUUGAAGUUUCUUAAUCCAUAUGGAACAGGAAAUACAGUCCUAUUCGAAUUACGGUACUUUUCAGAUUGGAAACCAGUUGAGUUGAUCUUGUUCAUUAUUGUUGGAAUUGCUGGUGGGUUAUUUGGAGCUGGGUUUGUCAAGUUUGUAAGAUGGUGGCCCAAGAAGUUCCGUACUUUGAAACCAAUUCAAAACCAUCCUGUGUUUGAAGUAUUUUGCAUUUCCUUAGUUACAGGAUUAGUUACAUUUUGGAAUCCCUAUACUAAACAAGCAUCAACUGAGUUAGUGUUAGACCUAGCAACUCCAUGUAGUGCUCAUGAAUUAGACCGAAGCUUAUGUCCAACCACAGAAGACCAAUACGUUCGCGAAAUGGGAUCAUUGUUAUUCGCAUUUAUUGUUAAAGUGAUUCUUACCUUCAUUACAUUUGGGUUAAGAGUUCCUUGUGGUAUUUAUGUACCUUCGAUGGUUGCUGGUGCUUUAUAUGGACGUUUAUUUUCCAUGUCUAUUCAGUGGGCGAGUCUCGUCUUUAAUCGCAAUGAAGGGGAACAAAACGCUUUGGGAUCAACAUUCAAGGCCAUGGGUUUGAUUUGUUCUCCAAAUUCCCCAGAAUGCGUAGAUAUGGGGAUAUAUGCCAUGAUAUCUGCAGGAGCAUUCAUGGCUGGAGUGACAAGGAUGAAUAUUACCAUUGUGACAAUCUUGUUUGAAUUAACUUCGUCAUAUACUUAUGUUCUUCCUAUUUCCAUAGCUAUCGCAGUGGCUAAUUGGUCUGGUGGACUAUUUGAGAAAAAUUCACUUUACGAAGCCAUGUUGAUUAGUAAUGAUUAUCCAUUUAUGUCUCCUGAAACUGAAGCUAUAGAUCCAUUUGUUACUGCCGGUGAAAUUAUUGAGAAAAAUAUAGAGCCCAAGCGUGAAGUUGAUGUUAGAGGCAAUAUUGUAUCGGAGCAUGUUCAAGAAGACAAGAAGCUAUAUCUUGAUGUAUCUAAAUCUUGCUAUGUUUCUGUGAAUGAAUUGCAGUCAAAGCUUAUCUUGUUGGCGGAUCAAUGUCUUAACGAUGGUUGUUUACCGUUGCUUAAGAAAGAUGUUUGUGUUGGUAUGCUAUAUUUUCCAGAAUUGGAAGCACGUUUGGAUAAGAUUAAGGAAUUUUGUGUUAGGUACGAGAUCAAAGAUGAAAUCUACUGUAAAGUAAUGAAUGAUGAUGACUACGAUGAUGGUGAUGAUGAUGACGAAUAUAAUACUAGCAGACCAAAUCACCAUAUUUGUCACAAUGAUAAUGUUAUUAGGAAUGUUUUCCAAUAUCAAGAUGAUUAUUUCAACUACGGGUCAAUUAUGGUUGACGAAUAUAUGGAUGCCAUGUUGACAUUAGAAGAAUUGACUAAUCUUACAAGAUACGUUGAUUGGCAUCCCCUUUUUAUUGACUACGAUUGUGAAUUAAGCUUUGCCCAUUUGAUAUUUGAUAGAAUUGGUAUUAGAGUAAUUGUUUUGUUGAAGGAAGGGAAGUACUACGGAAUAUUGCACAAGAAAGUGCUUGUUGAUUAUUUACGAAGAUAA